GAUUAUAUUGGGCCGGUCAACUGCUGCAAUGGGCCAAAAGCCCACUACUGUAACAAAACCCUAGCAUAUAAAACCCUAACCGCCUCCUCUUUUGUCAUUAAUCUCGAAUAACAACGCCGUCCAACAAUGUCGAAGCGAGGACGCGGAGGUUCCGCUGGGAACAAGUUCAGGAUGUCAUUGGGUUUGCCAGUGGCAGCAACUAUUAACUGUGCUGAUAACACUGGUGCGAAGAACCUCUACAUCAUUUCGGUGAAGGGUAUUAAGGGAAGGCUUAACAGGUUGCCUUCAGCUUGUGUGGGUGACAUGGUCAUGGCCACUGUCAAGAAAGGUAAGCCCGAACUGAGGAAGAAGGUUAUGCCUGCUGUUGUUGUUCGUCAGCGCAAGCCUUGGCGCCGAAAGGAUGGUGUUUUCAUGUACUUCGAAGAUAAUGCUGGUGUAAUUGUGAAUCCCAAGGGUGAAAUGAAGGGAUCUGCCAUUACAGGCCCCAUUGGAAAAGAGUGUGCUGAUCUGUGGCCAAGGAUUGCAAGUGCUGCUAACGCUAUCGUGUAGUGUUAAAUUGGUGUUUUUCCGAUUGUUCAUUUGAAUAUUUGGAUAUCUACGGAUUUUGUCUUGGCAAGAUUUAUUACUACAUCUGGCUAUGAGAGUUUUGCUGUACUCCAAAAUUUGUCAUCCAUGUAGGACAUCGACCGUUUCAUUUUCGAUAAUUAAUUGGUGCUUUUAUUA